ACGGAAUAAGCAAACGGGAAAAUUUUAGAACGUCCAAUAACCAAGGUCAACUUUCAAAGUUGGUCUUGUUGGUAGAGUUAAAAAAAUAGACUUUGAUAUUGGAUUAGUCUCACAUCCUUCAAAAGCGCCAAAACUCUCCUAGCUUUAAACAGUUGCAGGCUCUACGACGUGACGUCCAAUCUGCAGUGGUCCUAGGAAAUGGCUUCCAAACUCCCAGCAAACGUCUCGGUGAUAUACGGAAAGUUUGAAGACUUGUCUGCUAAGGUGCAAGACUUCGUUGCAGACAAAGUCAAACUGUGCACACCGGAAAACAUCCAUGUUUGUGAUGGAUCGAAAGAAGAGAAUGAGGCACUUAUAAAACAGCUAGUAGAUGGUGGAAUUGCCACCCCACUUAAAAAACACGACAAUUGUUACGUGGUGCGUACCGAUCCACAUGAUGUGGCACGCGUGGAAUCCAAAACAUAUAUUUGCACAGAGAACAAACAUGAAUCAAUUCCACGGGCUAAAGAGGGUGUGAAAGGCCAGCUUGGUAACUGGAUGAGUGUCAGUGACAUGAAUCACCAACUUGGGGAAAAAUAUCCAGGCUGCAUGAAAGGUCGCACCAUGUAUGUGAUGGCAUUCAGUAUGGGUCCUGUGGGAUCACCUGUAUCCAAGAUUGGUAUCCAGGUUACUGACUCUGCUUAUGUUGUUUGCUGUAUGCGAAUCAUGACACGCAUGGGUGCUCAUGUUCUGAAGGUCCUUGGUGACGGUGAUUUUGUGAAGUGUCUUCACUCAGUUGGCGUGCCUAAACCUGAACCACCAUCUCAGUACAAAUGGCCAUGUAAUCCAGAUAAGACAAUCAUCUCUCAUUUUCCUCAUGAUCGUGAGAUUAAGUCAUUUGGAAGUGGUUAUGGAGGAAACUCUCUAUUGGGAAAGAAGUGUUUUGCUCUAAGGAUUGCUAGCACUAUUGGUCGUGAUGAAGGAUGGCUGGCAGAGCACAUGCUGAUCAUGGGCCUCACAAAUCCCAGGGGAGAGAAGAAGUACAUAACUGCAGCUUUCCCAAGUGCUUGUGGUAAAACAAAUCUUGCCAUGAUAACUCCAACGAUGCCAGGGUGGAAAGUUGAGUGUGUUGGUGAUGACAUUGCUUGGAUGUGGUUUGAUGAAGAAGGUCAACUGAGAGCCAUAAACCCAGAGAGUGGCUUCUUUGGAGUUGCGCCAGGAUCAUCUUAUUUGACCAAUCCUAUUGCAAUGAAGACCUUCCAGAAGGACACAGUUUUCACUAAUGUGGCAGAAACUAGUGAUGGCGACUUUUGGUGGGAAGGUUUAGACCUGCCAGAAGAUGUGAGCAUCACUAGUUGGCUUGGGGAGAAAAACUGGAAGCCUGGCAACACCAAGGCAGCACAUCCUAACUCAAGAUUCUGUGCCCCUAGUGACCAUUGUCCAAUCAUGGACAAGGACUGGGAGAAUCCUAAAGGCGUACCUAUCAGUGCAAUAUUGUUUGGUGGCCGACGCCCUCAGGGAGUUCCUUUGGUCUAUCAGUCCUUUAACUGGCAGCAUGGAGUGUUCGUUGCCUCAUCUAUGUCGUCAGAGGCCACAGCUGCUGCAGAACACAAGUCUAAAACAGUCAUGAGAGAUCCUUUUGCCAUGAGGCCCUUCUUUGGUUACAAUUUUGGCAAGUACAUGGAGCACUGGUUGAGCAUGGAAAAGGACAACCGCAAAAUGCCUAAGAUUUUUCACGUGAAUUGGUUCCGUACCAAUGAAGAAGGUCAUUUUAUAUGGCCAGGUGAGUUCAUUCUCAUAUCAAAAAACUCUAGGGUUAAAUGAAGCUGCAAAACGUGU